AUGGAUCUCAACAGCGCGCUGCAGGGCAAUGGCCCCAACCAGCCCCAGGCCACGGAAUAUACGCUGCAGGGUGUGAUGCGCUUCCUGCAGACCGAGUGGCACCGACAUGAGCGCGACCGAAAUGCCUGGGAGAUUGAGAAGCAGGAGAUGAAGGGCAGGAUAGCCAACCUUGAGGGCCAGGCGAGGAGGGCAGACGCCACGCAGAAGGCGCUGAAGAAAUACGUAUCGAUCCUCGAGCGCAAGAUCAAGGACCAGGCCGCGCAGCUCAAGGGCGCCGAUGCGGCAGAGGCUGAGGAGGCUGCCAAGAAUGAUCGCGCCGCGAGGAUUCAGGAGAAGCUGCGAUUACCAGCCUCGUCCGAGAGCCAAGCAGUGCCGGGCGUCGAGGGCGUCCAAGUCGAGAGGACCGACGACGAGACGCAGCGAACGGAGCUCAAGACGUUCCUGGACCAGUGCCAGUCUGAGUUCAUGUAUCUCAUGAUCACCCCUGCGAAUCCUCUGCCGCCGCGCGAGUCACCACCUCUGCCGAUGCUGGAAGACCUACGAGACGCCGAGGCCUUUGGCAUGCCGGGCGCGCCGCUCAUGGAACGGCAGUACCAGCUUCCCAUGCGACAGGGACCCAAUCACAUGCAGGAUAUGAACUCAAGACAGCACCAAGGCCCAAACUCUCUACCACCGAUGCAGCAGCAGCAGCAGCAACAGCAGCACAAGUUUGCCCCAAACGCUUCCGAAAUGCAGUCCCAAAUGGGACGCUCCGUGAAUGACCAUCAGCAGUCGUCUCUGUUUCACAGCUCAAACGAGUGGCAGCAGCAGCAACAACAACAGCAACAGCAACAGCAGCAGCCUAUCUCAGUCACAACGCGCCCUGUGGAAGACGGUAUGCCGCGACCCAAUCACUCAAACGACACGAUGGGCGGGUUGGAAGAGUCUGUCGAGCUGGGAGAGAAGCCGCCUGCUGCUCCCGAUCCCGAGGGCUGGGAGUUUCCAGACGGCUCGUUCCCGGAAACAUCUGGCCAACCGCAGUCUCAGUCUACAUCCUACCGAUCCGACACCGACGCCUUUCCCAACGCCGACUACCUAUCAAAGUCCCCCAGCCGGGGUCCGGGGACUCAUCGACGGAAGAGUUCCAUGUCCAAGAGGCGCGGCAGUGACCACGACUUGGGCGCGGUUCAGAAGGUUGACAGCGCCAGCUUCAAGCUACGAUUCGGGCUGAGGGGACACCUCGACACCAUCCGAACCGUCAUUUUCUCGGGUGGCGGCAGCCCUGGCGAGCCUGAGAUUUGCACAGCCGGCGAUGACGGCAUGAUCAAGCGAUUCCAUAUUCCACGGUUGGACGGCAACGUUGCCGCUUCCAACAACGCGGCCUCCGACUUGGACGUUACCGCAAACUUUACCCACCGCGGCCACAACGGGGCUGUCUUGUCGCUUGCGGCGUGGUCUCCGGCCCCGAACUUUUCCACCGGAGGCCGCGCUCAGGGCGACGGCUGGAUCUUUUCUGGCGGCCAGGACUCCACUGUUCGAGUCUGGGAACGCGGCAGGGUCGACCCCAAGGGGACGCUGGAGGGACAUACGGAUGCUGUGUGGGCGCUCUGCGUCCUGCCCACGACACUGGGAUCGGUCUUCGGCAGCUCUAGCAACUACGGAACCCCUGACCGGAUACUGCUCGUCUCUGGCGCGGCAGAUGGCACCGUUCGGCUCUGGUCCGUCAGCGCACCUCCCCAGCUGACCUCACCGCAGCCCAGACCUCAGCCCCCCUCGGGACGUGGAGGGCGGACACGCGGUAACUCCAUGAGCUCCGGCAGCGGCUUCUCCAACACCCCCCAGCCUACCGUGGCUUCCAACUCGCCCUUUAACCACACGCUUGUGCAUGUGAUAUCUAGGCAAGAUGGCUCCAAGGCCAGCCCCACAUGCAUCACGCCCCUCGGAAGCUCAGGAGAGACGUUUGUGGUCUCCUACUCGGAUGCGGCCGUGCUAGUGUACGAUACAAAGACGGGUGAGCAGAUUGGCAGCAUGGACAGCUUAGAGACGUACGACGGCACGAUCAAGACGAGCGUCAACGCGGUCGUGGCGACUACAAUCGGCCUGGACCAGGGCAACCAGCAUCACGGCAUCAAUAUCGGCGGAGAGGAGGAUCCCGCCAUGGGAGGACCGACGGGCGGACGGUCAAUGGCUGGCUCCGGCGUUGAGGGCACGAUCAUCACUGGCCACGAGGAUCGCUUUGUACGAUUCUUUGAUGCCAACAGCGGCCAAUGUACAUACAACAUGCUGGCUCACCCCGACGCCAUUUCUAGCCUGUCGCUCAGCCCAGAUGGGCGCGAGCUGGUGAGCGCCGGCCACGACGCGUCCCUCAGGUUCUGGAGCCUGGAGAAGAGGACCUGUAUCCAAGAGAUUACGAGCCACCGGGUGAUGCGUGGCGAGGGCAUCUGCACAUGCGUAUGGAGUCAGGACGGCAAGUGGGUGGUGAGCGGAGGCGGCGACGGCAUUGUCAAGGUGUUUGCGCGAUAG